UUGUUUCAACCGAGAUCCAACCGAUAUAAUAAUAACAGUCGAGGCAGCGGUUUGCAUAACAAGUUCCAGUAUUCCGCUGAUACCACGACUUGAUAUACGUUGAUAUUGUCCUCCAAUCAGCUGAUCUCCAUUACCAGUGGCAGUGGCACAUUUAAUCAUUCGUCUUUGCUUAACGCGUGUAAACAUAAACACCAGCGACGCGUAUGAAUGAUUAAUUCUUAAUUCGUCCGCGAUUGCUUAAUACCGAACAUGGUGUCGAUAUCUGCGUUUGCUUUUGCUUUGGUGAUUAUCCCAUGAAUGAGACUUUCAAUUGCCGCCGCCAUGGUAAUGGAGUGAAAUUAUUGUGAUUUUUGAAGCAGAACUUGACUAAAAACCUGACAAAAUGUGGACUUUUGGAUUUAUUAUACUGACGGCAAUGACCAUCGCGUCAGGGGACAUUCUUAUUUUACCUUAUCAGGGUAGAUUCAUCGAAGCAGAAAUGUAUGACGAACCGGCACUGUUUGGCAACGGCUUGCCUUAUGAAGGCCUGCACGGCAUGGUAUUGUACUCUGAUCCGCCGAAUGGCUGCGGACCAAUGCAACAGGCGCCUAAAAAUGUCAGUAAUCUCACUGGUCGCUGGAUUCUCUUGGUAGCGCGCUUCAAUUGCUCUUUUGAGGAAAAAGUACGCAACGCGCAGACUGCAAACUAUGACGCCGUCAUCGUCCACAACAUCGGUUCCGAGGCGCUUGAGCGUAUGUCGGCAAACAACUCAACAGGCAUCCACAUUCCCUCCGUGUUCGUCAGCCAAAGUGACGGCCUGAUGAUGGCGAACAUCUAUGCCAAUAAUUCAGAUUAUUUCAUUAUUAUCAACGCUGAGACGCGUAUCAACUGGAACAACUUACUGAUUCCUUUCCUCAUUGUUGUCGGGAUGUGUUUUCUAGUCAUGGUCGUUUUUAUGGUGAUAAAAUGCGUACGUGACAGGAGAAGACAACGAAGGGAACGUCUAAGCUCAUCGGCUUUAAAUAAAAUACCAACGCAUAAGUUCCAGAAGGGUGAUCCGUAUGAAACAUGCGCGAUAUGUUUGGAUGAUUAUGUCGAUGGCGAAAAACUGCGUGUUUUGCCGUGCGCACAUGCGUAUCAUUCCAAAUGUAUUGACCCAUGGUUAACGAAGAAUCGCCGUGUGUGCCCCGUGUGCAAACGUCGAGUAUUUGCACAGGAUGAGACGCGUUAUUCCGAUUCGGAGAAUGACACCGACUCGGAUGAUACGACACCGCUGCUUGCCGGUGGUGCAGCGCCACCUAUAUCAACACGCGACUCUGCUUUCAUGCGUGAAUUAAUCAGCAGUUUAUUUGCUGAUCGUCAUAGCAUCAAUGGUGAACAAGAGGAACGAGCACCUGUUAUUCCAGCUCCAGAAGCUUCCUCCAGCAGUAGCAGUUCCGAUUCUUAUUCUACCACCUCUGAGGAUGCGCUUGUUGUACCGGCUCCGGCGAGCACCUCGCGCGAUGUAAACGUGUAAUCGCGCGGCACUUACCAUACGCGAAUUUCAAUUUCAACUUGAUACGUUUUUAAUGUCGAGAACGUUGAAUGUUUGAUUGGUUUGGUAAAUGUAUGAUGAAUGUUGAGAAUAUCGAAUGAGAUGCUUUACAAAGCCAUAUAAUUUGCCGUGUUGAAACAGCCGCUAGGUUUGUUUUCUUGUUUAUCAUUGAAUCUUUCUUUUGUGUCUCUUGGUGCUAACUACUUGGUGAUUAACUUUUAAGUGUCAAAACCAAAGAGUUUAUAUAUUUAACAUUGUUACAUAUGCAAUUUAUUUUUCUUGACGUGUUAGUGAAGAAGGCGACGCGAAGCGAUUACAAAGUUAGUUAAGUUACUCGUAGUUUAAUUCGGUUUUUACUAGCCUAACAUAACAUAGCAUUGAAUAUAUUGACAUUGGACGUAUGUGAAUGUGAUGAAGAUUUGUUGGCGUGAAUGGUUUACACUGGCGUGUUGAAUGUGAUUACUUUGACGGCGAGGCAAAUUAUUUUAACAAUCAAUAUUAAUAGUUUAUUAAGGAAAACAGAACUUUGUUUAAUCUAUUAAUGUAAAUAUUACAUAACUGUAGUUUCUAGUUUGUUCAGGCAUAAAACUGAUGUAAAUAUU